AUGGGGCUCCUCUCCAAGCUCCUUGUGAGCUCCCUGCUCUUUACCGCGAACCUCGUCUCUGCGGACCGGGAGCCAACCAUUGACUUCAAGCCUGGCAAGGGGAACCUGCUGCUUGCUACCCGUUCGUCCCCCGUCAACAUCCUCCUUGACGGCGCAGAUUGGCCUGGUGUCCUUCGUGCGGCACACGAUCUCGCCGUCGACUUUGGCCGUGUCACUGGAGUCAAUGGCUCCUUGACCGUGCAAGGGAAGGGCACCAAGAGUGCGGAGACCAUCUUCAACGUCACCGGUAUCAGCAAGGACUGGACUGUGGGAGGCUCUCACAAGUCGCACGGAAACCAAGGUGGCACAAUCAUUGCGGGUACCAUUGGUAACUCUAGCUUGAUCGAUGCUUUGAUCAAGGAGGGAAAGCUCGAUGUUAGCAAGAUUAAGGGCAAAUGGGAAGCCUACGUCAGUGCUGUGAUCAAGAACCCUACAAAGGGCACCAAGGAAGCAUUGGUUAUUGCCGGAAGCGAUAGGCGUGGCACCAUCUACGGUAUCUACGAUGUCUCGGAGCAAAUCGGUGUCUCGCCAUGGCAUUGGUUCGCAGACGUUGCCUCCAAGUCCCACGAUUCCAUCUACGCGCUCCCAACCACCAAGGUCCAGAAAACGCCUUCCGUCAAGUACCGUGGUUUCUUCAUCAAUGACGAGGCACCUGCCCUUACCGGGUGGGUGAAUAAGAGGUACCCCCAGUCUCAGUGGGGAUCUGCCUUCGGCGCAGACUUCUACUCCCAUGUCUUUGAACUCUUGCUCCGUCUGAGGGCAAAUUACCUCUGGCCUGCCAUGUGGGGUAGCAUGUUCAAUGUCGAUGACCCGCGCAAUCAACCUCUGGCCGAUGAGUAUGCCAUUGUCAUGGGCUCAUCGCAUACCGAACCGAUGGUGCGUGCUACUAAAGAGUGGAAAGUCUUCGGCAAGGGUGGCGAGGCGGGUUGGCAGUGGGCGACAAACAAUGCGAGUCUCUACGAAUUCUUCAUGGAGGGCGCCGUCCGCGCCAAGAAUUACGAGAACGUCGUCACUGUUGGCAUGCGCGGUUAUCACGACACUGCUAUGACUCCUGAUGUGCAGACGGAUGUGUUGGAAGCCGUUGUCAAUGCCCAGCAAGACAUUCUGGACAAAGUGUACGGGAAUGCGUCCGCAGUUCCGCAGAUGUGGUGUUUAUACAAGGAGGUGCAGGACUACUUUGAGGCGGGGAUGAAGGUGCCCGAUCACGUCACGCUGCUGUGGACCGAGGACAACUGGCAGAAUAUCCGCAGGCUCCCUGUUGGUGACGAGAAGAAGAGGUCUGGAGGUGCUGGUGUCUACUAUCACUUUGACUAUGUCGGGGACCCACAGAACUACAAGUGGAUCAACACCAUCCAACUCCAAAAGACGUACGACCAGAUGCGCCUUGCCAAGGACCGCGAGGCCGAUCGCCUUUGGAUUGUCAAUGUCGGAGACAUCAAGCCCUACGAGAUCCCGAUUUCUCACUGGUUCGACAUCGCUUAUGAUAUCGAUGCUUACGAUGAGAAGAGCGUCCCCAAAUGGAUCGAGAGCUGGGCAGCGCGCACAUUCGACGCUAAGCACGCAAAGACCAUCUCUGACAUCGUUGACCGGUACGGAUUUUUGGCGAACAUGCGCAAGUUCGAGCUUGUCGAGCCAAAGACGUACAGCGUGCUGAACUACGAGGAGGCCGACCAAAUCCUGGCCGAAUGGGAGGCACUGGGUAAGAAGGCCCAGGCUGUGUACGACAGUCUCCCUGACGCGCAGAAGCCGUCUUUCUUUGAGAUGAUUCUGCACCCUGUUCUUGCGGGAGGUAAUUUCAUUGAUAUCCAGGUUGCGGGCGCUAGAAAUAUCAUCUAUUCUGGUCAGGCGCGUAACAGUGCUAAUAGGUGGUUCCAGCGUGUCCUUGAUGGAAUGAAGAAGGAUCAUAAUUUGACUGUUCAAUACCAUAGCCUCCUGGGUGGAAAGUGGAACCAUAUGAUGGACCAGACACAUCUUGGUUAUCAAGGCUAUUGGCAACAGCCCAUGCGCCAGACAUCACCUAUGCUACGCUGGGUCAUGAACUUCGAGCGCUCCCUUGCUGGCGACCUCGGUGUUGCGGUUGAAGGCAGCAAUGGCACCGUUCCGGGCGACGAUAUCUGGCACUCUAACGGCGGAGGCUCCCUCGACCUUGCUUUGAUCACGCCCUAUACACCCCACCGAUGGAUCGACAUCUUCAAUGUCGGAACCCAGACCACGAAAUGGAACAUUCAAGCCGAGCCUUUCAUCAAGCUCACGCAAAGCUCAGGCACUCUGUCUCCCGAGUCCGAUGACGUCCGCGUCUACAUCGAUAUCGACUGGAGCCAGAUCGCCUCCGGCUCGGGCAAGAAGUCCGUCUUGAACAUCACUUCCUCUACCGACUACGGCACCCAAUUCGGCACGCCCACCAUCAAUCUCCAAAUCAACAACACGGCGCUCCCAUCCACCUUCACGUCCGGCUUCGUCGAAACGGCCGGCUAUGUCUCCUUUGAAGCCGAGCACUGGACGCGCAUGACGCCCGCAGGCGACCUCAGCAUCCAGGUUCUUCCGCACUACGGCCGCACGCUCUCCGGCAUCAAGCUCAACAACAAUCGAGCCGAGUCACUGACCACAUCCACCGCCCCGCUCAUCGAAUACGACUUCUACACCUUCACCUCCACCCCGGCCACAAAGGGGCUGAACGUUACCCUUAUCCUCUCUCCAACCCUCAACGUCAACCCCAAGAAGCCUCUCGCCUACAUCGCCCAGCUCGAUGACCUCCCCCCUCAGCGCAGGCAAUACGUCAUCGACCAACCUCAACCUGAAUUCCCGGUUGGCUGGCGCCCUGCUGUUGCGCAGAGUGCGUGGUACAACACCACGAGCUGGGGCGCGGUUGAGAAGGGGAAGCAUACGCUGAAAUUGUGGCUUGUGGAGGCCAAUGUCGUGCUGCAGAAGGUGGUUGUUGAUCUGGGCGGCGUGAGGGAGAGUCACAAUGGCCCGCCAGAGAGCUUCAGGGUUGGUGGGAAUGGAGGCAAUGCGACUGUGGCGAGGAGGCAUUUGUAA